AUGCCAACCCUAAUCACCGGCCUCCACGACUCAGAAGUCCGCUGGUCCAAAUUCAAAAACUCGUACAUGUACAACGACACAUACUACCUCCGACGCACAAAAUUCGUCAUCUAUCAAUGCGCCACGACGGCGGUGGGGGUUUGUUCGGGGAUGGCCGGGCAGGGGAUACAUAAAUACAACCACACGGCCACCUACACGGAAUCCCUCUCCCCGACGCUCUCCGUCACCACAACCCCAAUCAUCGCGGUCCUCGCCCUGAACAUCGCCUCAGCCGGCCUCAUCGGCACGAUUUUCACGCCGGCCAUCUUCUUCGACCUCUUCUGGCCGGAACGCUGGGAAGCGUCCAGAAUCCAGAAUGCAUGGAAAUACGCCGCAGCCACCAGCUCCCUCCUACAACUCGCAGCCGCGGUGGCCUUGACGGUCGUGAUGGGCACGGGGCAUGUCGACAUCACGGCGGGGAGUGAUGCGGAAUGGGAGUUGGCGAGGGCGGUGUGGAGUGAUGGCUUGUAUAACUAUGAUGGCGGGCUGGUGGUUGCUACGGUGGUGUUAUCGUGGAUUGGGGCGGUGUUUACGGUUUGGAGCACGGUUGUCAUGUGGAUGGCGUACUGGCAUAAUAACAAGUACGGCCCCUUUAAUAACCAUAUCGCCAAGCGGAAUGAGAGUAGUGGUGUGGUGACGGAGGAAUCGGAAUUGGCAAGGACGGUGUGA